GCUGAGGGCGUCGUGAGACCUGCGGAAAACAAUGGGAACUUUCUCCUGCGCCAGCGGUGCCGCUGCCUCCGGCCUGCCCGGCCGUGCUGCCGUAGGAAAAACGAGCUGCUGGAUGUAGAAGGAAAGUAGAUCGUGCGCACAGAAAAUGCCUCUAAGGGACAAGUGUUGUCAGACUGACCACCAUCACCAUGGAUGCUGUGAACCAGUGCAUCUGUUGGAACCUGGUGAUCCUCCAUUAUUGCAGCAGCCUCUGCAAACAUCAAAAUCUGGUAUACAACAAAUCAUUGAGUGUUUUCGAUCAGGAACAAAACAACUUAAACAUAUCUUGUUAAAGGAUGUGGACACCAUUUUUGAGUGUAAAUUGUGCCGGAGUCUCUUCAGAGGGUUACCAAAUUUAAUUACUCAUAAAAAGUUCUAUUGUCCUCCAAGUCUUCAGAUGGAUGAUAACCUCCCAGAUACAAAAGAUAAGCAGAGUCAAGCCAUAAAUAACCUUCUUGAAGCAAUUUAUCCAAGGGUAGAUAAGCAAGAAUAUAUCAUUACAUUGGAACCUAUAGAAACUAAUCAAAAUGCUGUAUUUCAAUAUGUGUCAAGGACUGAUAGCCCAGAUGAGAACACAGAAAGUAGCCAUACCCCUGAUCAAGCUCCAGUACAGAUACAGGAACCCAGCACUGAGCAACCCAAGACUGUUUCAGCCCCAGCUCCAGUCCCAGCUGGGGAGGCUGUAGAGUUACCUCCUGCUGAUCCUGUUACAAACAAGGUGAUACCUACUCCUGAAGAGCAGCCACCAGCAGUAAAUCCUGACUUGGACUCUCUGGAUAAUUCUGAUUAUGGCCACCAGUUGAUUUGUUGCCUCUGUAGGAAGGAAUUUCAUUCAAGACGGAGUGUACGCCGGCACAUUCGAAAAGUACACAAAAAAAAGAUGGAGGAGCUAAAGAAGUACAUAGAAACAAAAAAGAAACUAAACCAGUGCUCUGCAAAAGGACGAAAUAAGAAUGUUCUCGUAACACUAGGUAGAAGUUGUCCCGUGUGUUAUAAAUCAUUUGCCACAAAAGCCAAUGUAAGGAGGCAUUUUGAUGAAGUUCAUAGAGGAUUAAGAAGGGAUUCCAUUACUCCUGAUAUAGCUACAAAGCCUGGGCAGCCUUUGUUCUUGGAUACAGUUUCUGCUAAAAAAUCUUUUAAGACCAGAAAACAAAAGUCGUCUUCAAAGGCUGAAUACAAUUUAAGUGCAUGCAAAUGCCUUCUGUGCAAGAGAAAAUAUAGUUCACAAAUAAUGCUGAAAAGGCAUAUGCAAAUUGUUCACAAGAUAACUCUUUCUGGGAAGAACUCUAAAAGAGAGAAAGGACCCAACAAUGCUACCAAUGGCACAGAAAUAAAAGUCGAACCAGCAGAUUCUGUAGAACCUUCACCCCCUUCCAUUGCGCUUUCUCCACAGAAUGAAUUAAAGGGAACAAAUCAUUCAAAUGAGAAAAAGAACACACCGUCAGCACAGAAAAAUAAGGUUAAACAGGACCCUGAAAACCCUAAAUCAACUUCUAAAUCAACCACUAAAUCAACCUGCAAAUCAACCACUAAAUCAACCCCUAAAUCAACCAAUGCAUCUGCUGCAGGUGGCCAGCAAAAAACCAGGAAGCCAAAACUUUCAGCUGGCUUUGACUUCAAGCAGCUUUACUGUAAACUCUGUAAGCGCCAGUUCACUUCUAAACAGAAUUUAACAAAACACAUUGAAUUACACACAGAUGGAAAUAAUAUUUAUGUUAAAUACUACAGGUGUCCACUCUGCUCUUACGAAACGCGUCGCAAGCGUGAUGUGAUAAGACACAUAACUGUGGUUCAUAAAAAGUCGCCACGCUACCUUGGGAAAAUAACGGCAAGUUUAGAAAUAAGAGCAAUAAAGAAGCCAAUCGAUCUUGUUCUAAAUAAGGUGACAAAAAGAGGCUCUCAAAGGGAUGAAACAAAACAGAUUGGUUCAAAACAGGAUGUCACCUCUAAUUCUCCCAAUAAAAAGUAUGAAGGAACUGAUGUUGGUAUUGAAGUAAAAGUAACAAAAAACUUUUCUCUGCACCGAUGCAAUAAAUGUGGGAAAGCAUUUGCCAGAAAAGCUUUCCUGGAACAUCAUAAGAAAACCCACAAAGCAAACGUAUCUCAUUCACCUGAAGAAAGUAAAACCAAAGGCAGAAGUACAAGAUCUAAAGCUGUUGUCUGAUAGGUUCAAGUGAUGUUCGGAAAGUUUGAAGUUCAUUUGAAUGAAAAAGACCUUAGUUUGUUGUUGGAACUGCUAAUUCUUGAUAAUGGUACUAUAAGGAGAAAAUACUUUCAUAAGGUGUUUUUUUUUUCUUAUUAUAUUAAUAAUCAUUCUGACUGCUCGUAGGACAAUACCACUUCCCAAAACACUGAAGUAGUUGAAGUGAAAUGCACAUGCUUCUAAAUUAGCAGUUUUCUCUAUGCAGUUGUAGUUUGACCCAGUAUAGAACAAACUUCCUGAAACUGAAAAAGAGUAUACCAGAGACAAGUUAAUGAACAGCAGCUUUGGAAGAAGGUGGUUUUUCCUCAUUUAGGAAAUCUUCAGAAAACUCAUCGUGCAUACUGGUCCUCCUUGGUAGUGCUAAUUGAUGGACAGCUCAAACUUUGAUGUGAUAUCCUACUUUGGUAAAUGUUGUGUUACAUACUGUUUUAAAUUUAUUACAAAUGAAUGUAUAAAAGCAAACAAUGUAGUGUUUAUUGGCUGAAUUCUACUAAUUUUUAGUAUUUGCCAUAAAUUCAGUUUGUUCAUAUUGACUAAUUUCCUAGUUCAAGGACAUUCUGAAUUUCACUGUGCUGAAGUUGCUUCAAAGACCUCCAUUUUGUUUCCAUAUGUGGUUCAUAAGAAAACUUUGUAAACAUCUAGGAAGUUUACAAGAAUAUCCACAUUCCUCUAUUCUUUAAUUUUUUUAAAAAAAAAUAUACACAAGCACUUUAAUGAUAGUUGCAGUUUAUUUUUUCAGUUUAUUUUUGAAAGAUCAACACACUAAUGUUAAUAUGAAGGUAGUGAAUAUUUGCUGAUGUAUUAUAGACAAUCUGUGCACAACCACUUAUAAUGUUAGCUUAUUUCAUUAAAUAUUAAUAAAAAGGGAGGAUAGUUUGGGAGAAACUCAAAAUAUAUUUUCUCUCAAAAUCAUAAAUGACCACUAUGUGUAGUACUUGACUUUGUGUAAUUGGAAAAUAUUUUAGAUAACUUUUUUUUUUAACCUUUUAAUUAAGAUUGUAGUAAAACAGUUGCAUGCCUACCAUGAUGAAGUUCUUGGCAGGUUUCAUUUGAUCAUGGGUUCUGUUUUGGGGUUUUUUUGUUGUUUGGGGUUAUUUUUUUUUUGUUUGUGUUUUUGGUUUAUUUUUUUACCUUUUAGAAAAUAAUUUGUUUAGUGAUUUGUGUCAAAUUGCUACAAUUUGAAAGGUAUUGUACAUCAGAAGAAAUACCAUGUUUUUUAUAUCGGUUCACUCCCUUACUUAGGGAGGUGCCUCGUGUUCAUAUAUACUUUUUUUGUAUAAAAUAUAUCUAAAUGUUGAUCACAAGAUCAGGAGUAAAAAUGCUUUUAUGGAUAGAGAACUAUUUGGCCCUGUUAGUGCAUUGCACUAAAAAUACUGUGAAUGGGAAUUAAGAUUGUAGCUUUGCUCAAAAUGUUCUAUAUUGAAUGUACAUGCUUUUGUUUGGGUAAAUGUACUGUAUUUGAUGGAAAAUAAAGCAGACUGGAAAUGAUUUUUAAGUGGGCAUAAACAAAAAGAUGUUGUGUUUGUAAACUUGGGAUAUCUGUCACUGCACAAUUGGAAAUUACAUUGUUUGCGUUUUGUAAAGUUUUAUUUGUUGAUCAUUGAAACUAGUUGUUUGUAAUAUUCUGUUAAAAUAAAUGUCUUUUUUUUUUUUAUUAAAAAUUUGGCACUUGUGGAGUGAACACUUCA